GUCCCAGUUCAUUUAGUACAGUAACAGCGGCUUAGCAGGCAGGCAUUUUUAUCGCGCGCAGUGCUCUUCUUCCUACAGUAGCAGUUGGUUUUUAACGACUUAAAUCAUUACAUUUGAGAAGGAUACAAAUUGAUAAAGGAGCUUUCCGUAGGAUAUAUAACCAGGAAAUAUAUAUUUAUAUCUGAAUUUCUGAGAUAUCAGAGGAACUAAGAGCAAGAAGCAACCAUGAAUUCCAGCAACUACACACCCACCAUACCUCGAGCACCCAUCGCGGCACACUUCACCGGGCCAGGUCCCAAUGUGAUGCUUCCAAGCUGCCUUGGAAAUGGAACAGCCAUCAACAAGAGGGAGAUGCCACAGUUCUCCUUCGGUGUCCGACACAAGUCUUACAGCACAGACUACAGCCCGGGACCGUGUCACAACUUCCCCGCUGGAGUGACCAGGAAGGGAAACGACGGCACACCAAAGUAUUCUCUGUACGCCCGCUCUAAGGAACUGACCGCCUUCAAGACACCAGGUCCAGGAUCAUACUCCCCUGAGAAGGCUGGACGUAGCGCCCACCUUCAUGCUCCUGAACACACCUUUGGCUCAAGAACAAAAGGAAUCACCUUCGACAAGUCACCAGCUCCCAACAACUACAGCCUACCCAGCAUCCUUGGUGGACGCUCGUGCGUGAAGCCCAGCAAACCCGUCUACUCCAUGCGAGGGCGCAACAAGAUGGGUGGCUUCGACGAGGACCUCCAGAAGACCCCAGGACCAGGAUCAUACGACGUCGUCGACCCAGCCAUCUACAAGAAUAAAUCCCCCAUGUACUCAAUAACCGGACGCAACCAGCUUCCCUGCGACAGCACACGCAAACCAGGACCAGGUCAGCACAGUCCGGAGAAGGUCACGGUCAACAAGAGGAUGGCUCCUAAGUUCUCGUUUGGUGUACCUCAUUCGCAAUACACCACACCCCUCAUCAUUCAAUCAGAUUAUUAAACCAUUCAACAGCAGCAGCACCUAUCUUUAUUUGAUAAGGAUUUACAUUGUCGCAAAGAGCGUAUGCAGCAGAGUGUAUCUUGGAUUUUUCUGCCACUCGGUAUCAAAAUAAGUGUCCACUAAAACAAGAAAGAGACGUUAGUUACAACAGUAGCGACUUCAGCAACAACAUUGUUAAGAUUGUGGCAGCCAAAUGGACAAUGACCUGUGAGAAACUCCAAAAAAAGCCCUGGAGAGUUUCCUGAAUUAUUGCCAAGAUUAAUCCUGCUGCGCUGAUAUAGUACAGUGGCUCAGUGUACUGCUAAGACAAUAGAACAAUCGUCAUGCCGACAAGCAAGAUAAACAUCGUAUUUAUAAGUUUUAUCAUGGAGAAUUUGAGUGCAAAAACGUCUGUAAUUGUUAUUAUUCUGCAACCGUCCAUUAUGUACUUAUGUGGUUAAUUCAACAAAUAUGCAAAAUGAAAUUAUAGUAUUAAAGGCUUCAUCUGUGUAUUGAAGCAUUGAUAUGAGUUAACGCAUGAGGUGUCUAUCUUUUUUUAAAUUAUCCGUUUAGAAGAGACAUAAAGCCACUGGUGAUAGGUCAAACUCUAAUUUGUAAAUAUCAACAACGAAACAAGUUUAUUGUACAUGUGUGAUUGUAUUCUAUGUAUUUGCAUCCAAUCAUGCUUUAAAGCACUUUAUCAAAUGUAUUCAACUAUUCGUAGAGCAGGACUCGCCAACCUUCUUCCUAAAUGAACUUUGACCUUGCUAUUUUCCGAGCCACUCACAUACGGUGCCUGAUGAAUGUGCGUUUCACAGUUUAUACAACUAUUGCUCAGUUAGUAUUUAUCAACUUUUGCUUCCAGUCGCGUCAACAUCAAGUUGAUAAUCAUGUUUUUAUUUUGGUGGUUACAAUAAUGUACAAUUGCUUUACAAAAUGCAACCAAGGGGGUCAGGGAAACAUGACCUAGACCAACCCCGAAGAAACAAGCAUGCACCACCAACGGUCAGCACAGAAUUGUGCCUUGAGAGUGAAUUGGCCACCAACAUGACACAUCUUAUACUCUCAAGUCAAGAUAAUUGUCAUGUAUCUUACUAUACAACAUUAUGCAACUGUAGAUUGGGUAAUAACCUGUUUGAGUUGUGCAUCAAUAGGAUUUUUCUUUUUUUUCCCAGAAAACAGGAUUAUGACUACAAUUGUUCAUUUUUACCAAUUCGUUCUGCCUUUCAUGCUAGACUUGACGAGGUGCUAUGCAAGCUGUAUUUCCGCUAAAUCACAUUUUUACAUAUGGCGUAUACACUGUAUGUACGAUAGAUUUUUUACUAUAUAGCUUUUGUGGUGAUGUUCUGAUCAUAUUUAUCAAGUCUCACUUUGAACUUGUUUGGAACACAGUACCCGCCAAAUGAUUUAGACAUACACUGUAUUCUUGUAUAUGUACAUUUCAAAGCAGUUUCUAGUGUAUCCAUGCAAGAAAAGUUUGAUGUUUUUCUCAUAGUUUGUGACGAGAAACUGAACGUUCAUCAUUCCACGACCUGCACUCACGAAGGGAUUGCAGAUGUGUGUAUAUUAUCAUACUAGAUCAUUCCAAUAUCUUCACUAUUUGUGGCUUUUGGGUAGAAUUAAAGUCGCGGAAAGAAACUAGUUCAACUAUCAAUUCUAUUUUGAAUGCACAUAGCUGAUCAUGUAAGCUAACCAAAUGCAAAGUAAUUGUCAGAGCAGCUUCACUAUUUUCAAACAGAUGUUUGUUAAAGAAGUGACAUCGAGGGGACUGGGGGUCAAUGAAAUAAUGCAUGAUUUUCUCUUUGGAAGAGUUAUUACUUAAUAUCAUGGAGAUCAUGUUUUGAAUGAGCUUGCCUUUCGAUAAAAAAGUAUAAAAAUAUACUUUGCUGUAAAAAAUAGAAUGUAUGUGUGUGUUUGUGUGCUAUCUAUAUACUGUGUAGCCCUCAUAUGAUUGCACAUUGUUUUGUCAAAUUUCUCGAAAUUCCGAAGUGAAAGCUUUUUUUUUUCAGUGAUUUUCCAGCUGGUUUUGGAAAAGGUUCCUUAACUGAAAGAAAUUCCACUCAUCCGAACAGUAUGUAACAUGAAGUAUUACAAUCUCACUUCUGACUUAACACUAUGCACUGAGAGAAAAUUUGUAUUAAUUUGCAACCUUUCUAAUCAUGUCUCUUCAAAUUAUUAAUUUUUUAUUUGUUUUUCAAAUGAAAAUCUUAAAUAAUGCAUUGUAUAUAUAUAUAAUCUUGCUUUGAUGCCUUCUAGUUUAUGUUAUUACGUGAUAAAUAUACAGGUAUGAACAUUAAAAUUCAAAAAAUAUUUAAA